UAGCAGGUGAUUAAAGUAGCUUUAUUUAGGAAAAAGAAGGUUCGAGAGAGAGAGAAAGAGAGAGAUCGAGAUGCCUUGGCGUUUGGCUAGGCAGCAGCAGGCUGAACCCCCCACGCAGGGAGGUGCGGCGCUGAAGCGGUCGAACUCGGACGGCGGCGGCGAGCGGAUGGCGGCGGCGGCGGCGGGGGAGCAGGAGGCUCGGAGCGUGCGGUGCGAGUGCUGCGGGAUGGCGGAGGAGUGCACGCCGAGGUACAUCGUGCGGGUGCGGGAGCACUUCCACGGCAAGUGGGUGUGCGGGCUGUGCUCGGAGGCCGUCAAGGAGCGGCAGAAGCGGGAGCCGGCGCUCACCGUCGACGGCGCCGUCGACGCGCACGCCGCGCUCUGCCAGCGCUUCAACUCCACCGUCCGCCUCAACCCCAAGCUCUCCCUCGCCAGCUCCAUGCGCGACAUCGCCCGCAAGAGCUGCCAGCACCGCGCCACCGCCGCCGCCACCGCCGCCGUCCCCUCCGUCUGCUCCGGCGCCAUUGCCCGCACCACCAGCUGCGCCCUCCCUUACGUCUAACGAUCGCCCACGUAUACUAUACGUGUAUAUAUAUACGUAUGCCGGUACA